AUGUCCCGUCGUCGUGCAGCGAAGAAGAAGCAGCGGCAGCGGGUGCGCGCGGCCGCGGGCUCCCUCUCCAAGGCCCCCAGCAGCAGCAGCAGCAGCAGCAGCAGCAGGCCGUCGAGCAUCGUCGUUCGCAGCGGGCGGCUUGCUGCUGCUGCGCGGCUACUGGCGCGGGACUGGCGCUGCGUUGUGGGGCCCGAAGUUGCAGCAAAGUUGAAAGAAAAAAGACAAAAUAAAACAAAAGAUUUUGUUGCUGCUGCUGCUGCUCUGGGGGUCACUCAUUUCCAAACCCUCACUCAAACGGACAACGGCCUUUACUUGAAAGUCGCGCGCCUCCCCAGGGGGCCCACUAUCACCUUCCAGGUCGUAGGGUUUAGCUUAAUUAGUGAUGUUCAAAAGGAAGUUGGCGGCGCCAGGCUGGAUCCCAAAGACCUCCGCAAACCCCCAGUUCUGGUCCUCAGCAGCAGUAGCAGCAGCAGCAGCAGCAAACAGGGCAGCGAGGGUUUGGCUGCUGCUGAGGCUCUACAGCUCACCACCUCAAUGCUCCGCUCUCUCUUCGCCCCUGUAGACCUUCGCACAGCCAAACUAAACGACUUCCGUCGCGUCGCGUUUUUCCGUUGUGUCUCUGAGGCAGACGGCAGUAGCAGCAGCAACAAGAACAGCAGCAGCAGCAGCAGCAGCAGUAGCAGCAGCAGCAGCAGUAGCAGCAGCAACGGGAUGACCUUUGAGUUUAGGCACUAUGCUGUUUCGCUGAAGGCAGCAAACCUGACUGCUGGAGUCGAAAAUGUGCUGCGAGCUUCUGCUGGAGGUGCAGCACAGAAGCUGCUGCUGCAGCAGCUGCAGCAGAAGCGGGAGGACGCAUGCGACUUGCUUCUGGCAGCAGAGCAGCAGCAGCAGCAGCAGCAGCAGCAGCAGCAGAAGCAGCAGCAAGUCAUGUUCGAUGCGGCCACGGGACCCUCUCGCAUCUCCAAGCGCAGCUUCCUGCAGGUUAUUCUCCCAAGCAAACAGCAGCAGCAGGUGCAGCAGCAGCUGCAGCAGGAGGAGCAGCAGCAGCAGCAAGAGUUGUCUAUGGGAGUCCAGUUAAGGGAGAUUGGCCCCAGACUUGAACUGAAACUCUUCAAGAUAGAGGACGAUGUCUGCACGGGCAAAGUGUUGUACCACAAGCACAUUUUGAAGACUGCGGAGGAGCUAAAGGCCCUCAAGAAGAAGGAGCAGUUGUUAAGGGCCAAGAGGGAGGAGGAGCGUCAGAAGUUGCUGGAGCUGCUGGAGCGGAGGGACAAGACAGCAGCAGCAGCGAAGCAGGCAGCAGCAGCAGCAGCAGACGAGGAGCAGCAGAGCAGCAGCAAGAAGAGAGGCAGGGGAAGCAGCACAGAAGGCCUCAGUGAAGACGAAGCUGCGUCACAAGAGUCUGAGACCGAAGAGGAUAGCUGCAAAAGGCCAAAGUACAACCCUUUCACCUUCAAGCGGCGAAAGCCAGCAGCAGCAGCAGCAGCAGCAGGAGCCAAGCAGCGGCAGCAGCAGCAACAGCAGCAGCUCCCCCGCCAGCAGCAGGGCUUAAACACCAAGAAGCAUCAGCCAAGUGCACCCACAAAGAAACUUAAGGAGAGUCGCAAAGCAGCAGCAGCAGCAACAGCAGCAGCAGCAGGAAAAGGCCAGCAAACUGAGAGCGGCAGAGGCCGCAGCAGCAAGUGGCGCGGCAGCAACAAGAACCGAACACUUCCAGAAGCUGCAGCAGCUUCGAUUUAG